AUGGCUGCCAUGUUCAGCCAGAACCCCCUCAUGAACGGGCCCAACUACUCGUUCAACGAUGCUCCCACAACCAACAAUGGCGAGUUCCGACAACAUCGCUUUGACCCCUACACCGACAACGGCGGUUCCAUCCUCGCCAUCGCCGGCGCCGAGUUCGCCAUCCUGGCCGGCGACACCCGACACACGGCCGGCUACAGCAUCAACACACGACACUACCCCAAGGUUUUCAAGGUCGGCGGCAGCACGGCCGACCAGCACGACGCGAACCUCGUCCUCUCCGUAUGCGGCUUCGCGGCCGAUGGCGAGGCCCUGAAGGAGCGCCUCGACACCAUCUGCAAGAUGUACCGGUACCGCCACGGCAAGCCCAUGAGCGUCAACGCCUGCGCGAAGCGGCUGUCCACGAUCCUCUACCAGAAGCGCUUCUUCCCCUACUACGCAUACGCUAUCCUGGGCGGCCUCGACGAGGAGGGCAAGGGCGCCGUCUACAGCUACGACCCCGUGGGCAGCUACGAGCGGGAGAUGUGCCGGGCGGGCGGCGCCGCUGCCAGUCUGAUUAUGCCGUUCCUGGACAACCAGGUCAACUUCAAGAACCAGUUCGUGCCGGGCAGCGGCGUGGGACACGAGCUGCAGGAGCGGGAGAAGCAGCCGCUGUCUCGGAGGGACGUGGAGAUCCUGGUCAAGGAUGCGUUUGACGGUGCGGUGGAGAGACACAUCGAGGUCGGUGAUGGACUGCAGAUGUUGGUCAUCACAAAAGAUGGAAUUGAGGAGAUUCUGCUGCCUCUGAAGAAAGACUAG